AUGGAAGAAGCAUUGUGUCCUAAGAUCGGCAUGGAGUUUCAGUCAGAAGAUGAGGCAUACAACUUCUACAAUAGGUAUGGAUUAGUUGUUGGGUUCAGUGUUCGGAAAGACUACUUGAACAAGGAUAAAGACGGUGUAGUUACAUCGAGAAGGUACACAUGUUGCAAAGAAGGUUUCAAACCACAGUACGAAGGAGAUGUAAAACCAAAGAGAACUCGAGCUGAAACAAAAACCGGAUGUGAAGCUAAAAUGGGGAUAAUUUUGAACAGAGAAACAAUGAAGUAUCAGGUUCGAGAUCUGGUAAUCGAGCAUAAUCACACACUACACAUUUCAGAAUGUGCUCAUAUGAUGCGUUCACAAAGAAAAGUAAGUAUUUCUCAAGGAGCCCAAGCUGAGAUUGCAAAUGAUGCAGGAAUAUCCUUGAAACAAUCCCAUGAACUCAUGGGAAAAGAGGCAGGUGGAUUAGGCAAUAUUGGCUACACUCGUGAUGACUUAAAACGCUAUCUACGUACAAAAAGAGAGAGAGGAUUAAAGUAUGGUGAAGCUGGUGCAAUGCUACGAUACUUUGAAGAACAAAAAUUGGAAAAUCCGUCAUUCUUCCACGCAGAGCAGCUUGAUUGUGAAGAACAAAUUACAAAUAUAUUUUGGGCUGAUGCAUCAAUGCUGAUGGAUUAUACCUAUUUUGGAGAUGUGAUUACAUUUGACACCACAUAUAAAACUAACAAGGAGUACAGACCAUUGGGUGUAUUUGUGGGAUUCAAUCAAUUUAGACAAUUGGUUAUUUUUGGAGCAACUCUAUUGUAUGAUAAGACCAUUGAAUCAUUCAAGUGGGUGUUCGGUACAUUUGUAGAGGCAGUUUGUGGAAGGCACCCAAAAACCAUCUUCACAGAUCAGGAUGUAGCCAUGGCCGCUGCAAUUUCAGCUGUUAUGCCUUCAACAUACCAUGGUCUGUGCACUUUUCAUAUUAGAGUCAACUUCAUGAAACACCUUGGGAACUAUUACAAGGAUGGUAGUAAUCUCCCAUAUAGAUUUGCUGAAUGUAUGUAUGAGAUAGAAGAUGAAAAUGAGUUUAUCAUGGCCUGGGAUGCAAUGCUAAAAGAACACAAGCUCGAAACAAAUGAAUGGUUGUGUGGCAUUUAUGCAUGUCGAAAGAAAAAUGGGCAAAAUGCUUCAUGA